CACACGUUUCUCACCCAUCCGCUAGUCUUCUUCUCCCCCGCGUGAUCCCCUUUUGCGCCCCCUCCAUGAUUUCUCACCCACCGGACCACCGCUGCAUGAUGGUGCAGCCGCAGCCACUGCACGCCACUGCGUACAUCUCCCAGCCAUCAUGCAGCAAGCUCCACGGCCGAAAUACUAGACAUCGGAGCCUCCUCUCUCCCACGCAUAUCCUAGGCGGUCAACGCGAGCUCGCCACACACCCUCUUCCUCGACGGUUGCCGGCGUUGCAACAUAGCAACUCAUCCCCAGAAGCCGUGCUGCGAUGCAACCUCGUGGUCGGCCACUGGAGUUGCAAGUCGCGGGCGGCGGAGCUUCAAUGGAGCGCUCGCCGGCACCCUCAACGCAGCGCUCAUCAGCGGCUGCAGUGAAGCUCAGGUGGAGUUGCAAAUCAGCUUCGCCGGAGAUUGGCCACGCUCUUCGGCCGCCGGGACGGACUGGCUGCGGUAUGCGCCCCGACGAGCACCAAUACCUCGGUGCCCUGCGGGGAUGCUCUUGGGGAGGGUGACUUCUGCGGGGAGUGGCGGCUGGUGUCCACGACGCGAGGAGGAGUCUCCGAUGGCACCCGAUGGCGGGAGGUACCCAUGGCGCACGGAGGCGGCCCCGCUGGAGACCACGACUUGCUGCAAUCCUGCCGCAGUUAGUUGAUUUUGCCACGAGCGAGGGGAGUCACAGCCACCAGCAGUUCAUUCUCGCCAUGGUGCACCACCAUUGUUGCGAGCCGGAGGAGGCAACGACGGCCACUCACAUCGUCACCACCGGUGCUGCAACGCAGCAAGAAGGCCAGAGGGCAACGCCGCUCGCCUCCGGUGCUGCAACGCAGCAGAGAGGAGGCCGAGCUGCUUGCCGCCUGUGUUGCAACGCAGCGCUAAGGACGGCGGCGCCCGCCGCCGGUGCUGCAACGAAGCACAUGGGAGGAGGCUGUACUGCGUGCCAUUAGUGAUGCAUUGGAGCUUUUGUGGCGCCGCCGGAGUUGCAAUGGAGCGCCGUCGUGGCUGCAAAAGCUUCGUUGGAGACGUUGUCGGUGCGGCAUCGAUGCUUUUUUUUGUGCUUGGUGUUGCCGUGUUGCCAUGGCCAUGGCUGCCAUGGAGCAGCCGAGCAGCACGCCGGUGCUGCCGAAGCUCCCGAAGUGCCGCCCGACGCUGCAAUGGAGGGCUGCCAGCGAUGCAGCGGUGGGUGGUGGCUUUUUGGAGCUGCGUUGCAGCGCUUCCGACGGCUCUGCCAGGCUCGAACCUGCCCACCGUCUGCAAAGGGGGAAUUUCGAUCCAUUGAUUUUGUAGACCGACCGAUCGAUCAAUCGAUUCUACUCGUGCGGAGGAAGAGAUGGACGGUCUGUUCAGCUUCAGCACCAUAAAGGAGUUCGUGGGGUUUGGGUUCAAGAUCAUCAGCGCGCUGGACAAGGCCAGCCACAACGCGGAGGACUGCCGCACGAUCCACGCCUUCCUGCUCAACCUGAGCGCCAUCGCCGAUCGCCUGCAGGGGCUGCCCAAGAUCAUGGUGGACGACUUGAUGAGGGACACGGCGGAUGGCCUACAGAAGGCCCUCAAGCGCGCGUCCGAGUUUCUCGCCGAGUGCAAGCGCAAGGGGGUCCUGCGCCGUGCUUUUAACGCCAAAGACAUCGCCGAGAAGCUGCGCGGGGUCUGCCUCGAUGUGCUGCUCAACAUGAACGCCGUGCAGCUCAACAUGAACGCCGUGCAUCUUGCCAACGAUGACUUGAACAGCUCGAAGCUGGCCGAGCUUAAGGAAAUUGUGGCCAAGAUUCUGCAUAUUGUUGCUACACAGCCCGCUGUUCAUCUGCAAGAAGAGGUGAAAAAAUUGGUGAAGGACGACCAGAUCAGUUCUCAAAUUAAAAACAAAAGGGAGACAAAGAAAACAGAUGUACCUAGUUCUCAAAACAAAAACAAAGGGGAGGCAAAGGAAACAGAUGUUGCCAGGCCGGACGAUAAGAUUCAGAAUAACAAGAAACUAGGGCGUAGAAGGGUGGUGCCACAUGCUUCAUUACCAGAUGACUUAGCUGAGUCCGCUUCAGCGACCAGUGUGGUUGGACAAGAGGAUGGACCUAGUACUAUUAUUAUCAAUAAGGCAAGUAGCUCUAUCUCCGAGUCGGUGGACGAGGCACAGUCAGUGGGAGUUUCUGCAGCACCAUUCCAUCCGCAGAAAAUAAUCAGCAUAUCCAAGGAACCCGAAGAGACAGGCGGAUAUAAGAUAUACACCUGUUCCUCUGAGACUAGCAAGCUUCUUGAGGUCUACCCGCAGUGGCUUCUCUUCCCCUUGGAGCCAAAAAACAAGGAAACUACUGGAUCUGGAUGCCCAGUGACCCUAACCAACAAUACAAACGAUUACGUUGGCAUCUGGAUUAAACCAAUAAAUGGGAAAUUUAAGGAAACAGAGAUAAUGGAGCCCCAUUCGACUUUGGUUGUGUAUGUGACAAUGAAGAUGCAUGCACAACCUCCCAAAGACAAGGUUGAGUUUGAGGUGCUCAUGAUUAUCCUACGGUCAAAGCAAGACCAUGGAAAAUUGAAGUCAUUCAUUGUUGACAAGCUGAAUAUGGACAGUGGCUUUAUGGUGCAUGUUAAGAACCUUAAGGCAGAGGUGUAUCGGGCAAUGCUGACAGCUAUCACUUGUGACCCAGCAAGCUGCCAGAUCAUAUCAAGAUCAAUAGAGGAUACGACCUUGGUGACAUCCAUUGACGCGCACCCCACUAAGCCAUGGAUUGUGACGGGUCAUGAGGGAGGGAAUUUUUCCAUUUGGGACUACCAGAAGAAGGAAACUGUGAUGAAGUUGCAGGUCAAUGAGGUGCCAGACAAGGUUACACGCAUGAUACAUGGCGUCACUAAAUACAUCAAAGAGACGUCUCUUGGACAUCCGGUUUAUUCAGUCAAAUUUACCGCUGAAGGGAAACGGUUGGUAGUGGGGGAUGGUCGCGGAUACAUCUAUGUCUAUGAUUCCACCGACACUAAGCUGCAUGAGGUCGAGAAAUUCAGAGCUUAUGAUAAGAAAUCCGUGAACUCUCUGGCUGCUCACCCAACAAAGCCAUACCUUCUUCUUUCAUCAUCUUCUUUUAGUAGAAAUAUCAAGCUUUGGGACUCGAGCGAGAACUGGAAAUUUCAAAAUUUCAAAGUGAAACCUGAGAAUACAUAUUACGUUGGUGUGCACAGUGUCAAGUUUAAUCCAAGGGACACCAACACUUUUGCUUGUGUUACCGAUGAGGACAAAGUAAAGGUCUGGAACAUCAAAACUUCCAUUCUUGAAACCACACUGAAGGGGCCUUUCGUCAUGGCCGAUUAUUUCUUCAAUCGCGGUCAUCAGCACUUGAUGGUUACUUUGAAAUUUGACGCACACAACUCCGAGAUAUGGGAUUUGAAGACACGAAAAGUUGUUCACACUCUUAGCGUGAGUGGGCACAAAACGACCUGGGUUGCUUGCCACCCAAAGCUUCCAAUACUGGUUACAAUGUUAGAUGACGGGACUGUAUGUUUGUGGGAUGCCAGUACAUACAGGCUUGAGAAAAUGGUUCACAUUACCAACAGCAAGUGUCGUGAUUUGGUAUUUGUCCAAGACACAAAUGGCCGACCCAGGCUCGUUAUCGCAUUUGAGACAAUGAUAGCAAUCAUGAAAGUUAAUUUGCCAAUUGCGAAUACAAGCAAUGCAAGUGGAUGAAUACAAGCAAGGCAACGGAGGCCAUCACGGAGAUUGGGAUAAAGUAUUUAUGUUUUUGGGGAAUUGAUAUUUCGUCUUGUAAUUAAUCUUGUAAAAAUAUUGUUCUGGAUAAGAAUACUUUUGUGAGCAUUGUAAUAUUUUUAUUAUAUUUUUCUGAAUUUUAUUUUAUUUGUUAUGGAUUUUCUCA